UUAGCGCUCCCUCAGUCGAGUCGAGCUCAACCUGCGCGUCAAACGCAACACUUCUGAUUGGCCAAUCCGGAAAAUGUAGACACACUUCACAAUGAUCCGCUGAGCAGGGUGUUCUUCGGCGUUUCCCUAUAUUUACUUUUCACUAAAUUGACUGGAAAUUAAGGUCUCCGACAGGUCGGGAUGGGGAAUCUGAUUAAGGUUCUCACACGAGACAUUGACAACAACGCAGGGAACUUUUUCCUGGACUUUGAAAAUGCCAAGCCAACAGAAGCCGAAAAGAGAGUAUGGGAGGAGGUCAAUGAGGUGCUAACAGAGGCUGUGAGUGUAUUACAGGACCUGCAGUCAUAUAGUGGAGCAGGUGAAGCCAUCAGACAGGCCAUACAGCAUUCCAAUGAUGAGCGUGUGCAAGAGAGUGCGUGGGCCGCUGUGGUACCGCUGGUUGGCAAACUAAAGAAGUUUUAUGAGUUCUCACUAAAACUGGAAGACUCUCUGCAGGGCCUGUUGGAGUUUCUCACCAGCUCGCGCUGCAGCCCAACUCAACAUCUGGAGCAGGAGCAGGCGCUGGCACGGCAGUUCGCUGAGAUUUUGCAUUUCACACUGCGCUUCGAUGAGCUGAAGAUGACCAACCCAGCCAUCCAGAAUGACUUCAGCUACUACAGAAGAACCCUGAGCCGCAUGCGUAUCAUCAACCAAACAGCAGAAGAGCAUAAUGAGGUUGACAACGAACUGGCCAAUCGCAUGUCUCUCUUCUACGCCAAUGCCACGCCCAUGCUGAAAACGUUAAGCGAUGCCACAACUAAAUUUGUAUCAAAGCAUGCAGAACUGCCCGUAGAGAACACAACAGAUUGUCUGAGUACGAUGGCAAGUGUGUGUAAAGUCAUGUUAGAGACACCGGAGUACCACAGUCGAUUUGCCAGUGAGGACACAGUGUUAUUCUGCCUGCGUGUGAUGGUGGGGGUGAUCAUCUUAUACGACUAUGUCCAUCCAGCUGGAGCUUUCGUAAAAUCCUCCAAAAUCGAUAUGAAAGGAUGCAUUAAGGUUCUGCGAUAUCAGCCGCCCAACAGUGUGGAGGGGCUUCUCAAUGCCCUUAGGUACACAACAAAACAUUUGAAUGAUGAGACUACCUCCAAGCAAAUCAAAAACAUGUUACAAGCUUAACUGUGUCUGCCAAAAGUAUUACUUCUUGAAUACAUUGGACGAGACGCUUCAGCAGUUUUAGUAAUACAAUGAGAAUAGCCAUGUGUCAUGUGGCAGCU